AUGGGGGACGAUCAGAGGGAAACGAUGCCACGUCGGGAUGAGGAACUCUUGGUCACGAGGAAACGGUCCAAACUCAAACCACACCCACCCAUCCCUCGGCUACCGAAAAGUGUCGAGGAGAAGUUUUCCAGCGGUUUUGAGGGGCUAGAGUACCCACCCAUUCUACAAACUAAUUCUUGGAUGCGGUCCGCCCCCUUCAAGGAGGAAUACACCGACCUCAGUCCCAGCGAAAAUAUCGGCAACCACUACUCACCUCCUGAGGCACGUUUCAAACUCAAAGAGCUGGCAGCCCCACCGAGGAAAAAUAAGAAAACAAAGAUUGUAAUCGAUUUGAAAGAGCUUAAAGCCCCUCCACCCACUUUGGAGCGGAAAUAUCUCACAACACAACCAAAUAGUCAUUCCAUCAUGCCGCUUGUGGAUCUAUUGUCCGGCGCUUACAAGAAGAAUGACCCCAAACCAGUAAAAGAGCUACUUCCAGUUAAUAACAAGCGAAAAAGUAUAGCUGCCUCGGAUGUUGGGGGAGGAAAUGGUGUCAAGAACAAGAAACUUUAUGGCUGUGUCGACGAGAAACCUCAGACCCCCGUGAAGGAAGAGAUUCACAAGCAGACUCCUUCCGGUAGAAUGUGUCGUCCGAGACAUAUCGAGGCUAAAGAAAGUCAGGAGGAGGGUUUAAUGAAUGUCCCAAUGGACAGAUUGUUUGAUCUAAUAUCGAAGCGAACUGCAUAUAUUGAACCUCUUUGGCCAGAACAACAACUAUUUUUAAUGAAAAUUGUGGAAGAUUUGGCGCAUACCCCGGAUCCUACGGAGGUUGAUUUAGCACGAUACAAGUAUUAUAUUCAGAGCAUUUCGGAUGAUGAUGUCGCCGACUGGCCACCCAACACGUCUUCGAAAAUUCGAAAACUCUUGCCAAAAUCUUGCACUGAGAAGCGUGUGUUGAAAGUACUAGUUGAAAGACUCGAAGAAAGGGCGAGGUCAUGGUUCAAAUGGGCUUUAAAGAAAGCUAUCGUGGACUACAUUUUAAUGGACCCUGCUGAACGAGUUCGCAUCAAGGUUUUCCAAGUCGAACAGUCUUACCAGCCAAGAAUUGUCCGUGGCCCGAUUCCCUGGCACAAUAAUUACGUCACAUGUCGAGAAGUAAUGAGGAACACAUUGUUCCUUUGUCACCCCAUAUUGGUGCGUCUUCGAAAGCUGUGGGAUGACAAAUAUCGGGAUCAACCCUUUCUUAACAUUGAGCAAUUCUUGGAACCCCUCCCACUUCCACCAAUGCAACUUGCAACACACUUGAAAAUAUUGAUUGCAAAUGGUCGCAGUCUUCUCACACGAGAAUGGGCUCGUGACGUAGCAAACUUAUUUGUUGAGAUGAAAGAGACGUGGGUGCAUCUCGUUCCACAGAGAAAGUCUUCGUCGCUGGCUGGAUUGAUCAAAUUGUUUGGGAGCGUGGCAGCCUUGAUGUCCAGACAAAUGCGGGACAUGGUCAUGUCCACGUUGGAAAAUGUUAAUGAUAUUUUCGAAACGUAUGCUCAAGGAAACUCUUUUGAAGGAGAGUACAGUGAAAGACUUUUCAAUACGAGGCCAAUCCUCAGCGUGACCGUGCUGGCCACCAACAGCUCUCCAUUCGUAGCCUUUAAACCACAAGUGGAUGAAGUAACGUGGAAAGAACCAAGUCUGCGAGAUCGGAUGGAUUGCAUCAAUACGGUCACACAACUCCUCGCACAAAUUAUUGCGGGUGGAAAACUUAUUCCGAGAAUAGAAAAAAUGUUGUUCCCAGAGCUGUACCCUCAAGACAUCAAUCUCUUGCCAGUCGUACUUCACGAGACUGGCGUAAAAAAUAUAUUUAGUCGGAUUUCAAACAUAAUUCGCCUCAACUUGACCGGCCCGAAGCAGUACAUUCAUUUCUACGAUAGUUACUUUUGGCUCAUUGAUGGAACGGCAGAUGCUCAAUUGCAAACUUUCCUUGACCGAGAACCAAACUAUAAAUACAUGGCACAAAAAAUUGAAGAAUUAACUCGAAUUAAGACCAAAGUUUACUCCUUUCGAAAAUUAGUCCCUUUGAAUUUUCUCGCAUUGGAUUGCAGUGGUUUCAACCAACAUUUAAUCGACAAGCUAAACUCUUUGAUUGAUCGAGUCGUUCUGGGCGAAGUGGAGAAAAAUGAGCGUCUCUUGCAAACGUAA